AUGGAUGAUGUCAUCAAGACCUGUAAGGAGAAGACAAAGAAGUACUCUGUAGGGUACUGGAAGAUGAGACCAAUCUGUAUAUCAGAGCUGGCUUUUGCAGACGAUGUGGCCCUGAUAGCUAAAUCAGAGGCACACCUUCAGUACAACUUACUUAGGGAGGUUGAAGGAGAAGAUUUUGGACAGUUAAAAAGUAUGGCAUGGAAUAUCACUGUCCCAUCAUUGAUUGAAAGUACACGAAACAGAGG